GCGAAUAUCCUUCGAACGCACCGUGCUUUGGUUUAAAACCGGAAGCGGAAGUGUCAUUCGUUAGCAACAUACCUAACAACAACAUUUUAACAAGUGUAUAUCUGGCAAGACAAAAGCUACCAAGUUAUCAAACAAAUAACAAUGGCAGACACUCAACAGGAAGCUGUAAAUAUUGGACCUGGAGGUGUCCCAGAAGGAGCAAAAACUUCAGAAUACUACAAAACAGAUGAACAUUUACCACAGCGAUUUGACAAUCCUGGAUGGUUCCAAGGUUAUGGAGGUAAACAACAACAUCCAAUGUAUAGGACUAGUGGUCAGGACUAUGGUUCAAGAGUACCAACAGUACACAAUAUGCCUAAAAGUUUUCAUGGACGAACACAAAAAUUCUCAAAACAUCUAGGAAAAUGUGGUAUGUACAGGAACCACUCAAUGAACACUGCCUUGGAUCAGAGUAAAGUGUGAUCAUAUUUAUUCUAGACAAAAACAAUAUUUGUGACACUGUAAAAAAUUGUUGUUAUUGAAGUGUAAAUGAGUGAAAAUUAUAUUCUGAAUGUAUGGUGUAUGAAUGUGUGUGCGGAAGCAACAAAGUUCACUGUGUAUGCAAAUAUUCCUUGAAACACUGGACAAGAACAUCAUGUUGGAAAUCAUUUUAAUUCAAAAGGGAACACUUCUUAAUAAAUACAUGUACUUUUGUCAGUUAUAUUCUGUGUGAUGUUUUCUGUAUUGUUGUCUUGUAUAGUUUACAGAACCAAAUAAAAUUGAAAAAAAACAAA